ACGCCUCCUCAACAUAACUCAAACUUAUCCAUCACAAUCACUUUCUCAUAGUCGGGAUUAAUUAUUUAAAGACUGGAAGAAAGCUCGAAUUUAAAGUUUGACAGACGAGACAGGGGCCGUGAAGUGAACGUCACACAUUUCCGGACUCUCUGUCCAAUGACAAUGUUUCAGACCGUCCCUGACACUUCGUCUUACGUCAAGGAGGCGCUGUCAGUGGUGAGUGAAGACCAGUCUCUGUUCGAGCCUCCAUACGCCGCUGCUGCUCCUUUACCCAAGACAGACAUGACUGCGUCCGGGACUCAGGAUUACGGCCAGACGCACAAAAUCAACCCCAUUCCCCCUCAGCAGGAGUGGAUUAGUCAGCCAGUGCGGGUGAACGUCAAGCGAGAGUAUGACCACAUCAAUGGAUCCAGAGAGUCGCCGGUGGACUGCAGCGUGGGCAAAUGCAAUAAAAUGGUGGGCGGGACCGAAGCGUCUCAGAUGAACUAUACUGGUUACAUGGAUGAGAAAUGUGCUCCACCCCCAAACAUGACAACCAAUGAGAGGAGAGUCAUCGUCCCCGCAGACCCGUCUCUGUGGUCUCCGGAUCACGUGCGGCAGUGGUUAGACUGGGCCAUUAAAGAGUACGGUCUUCAGGAGAUCGACACGGCCAUGUUUCACAGCACAGAUGGAAAAGAGCUCUGCAAGAUGAGCAAAGAGGACUUCCUGAGACUCACCAGCGUUUAUAACACCGAGGUCCUGCUCUCACAUCUCAAUUACCUCAGGGAAAGUAGCUCAUCGAUAUCAUACAACACGCCAUCUCACACCGACCAAUCCCCUCGCCUGGCUGCCAAAGACGAUGCGUCUUAUGAUGCUGUACGGAGGACGGGCUGGUCGAACAACAUGCACAGCGGAAAAGGCUCUCCAACAGUGGUCUCUCAGAGUGUGUCCAAGAACCCAGAUCAGCCGCGUCCUCAGCCAGAUCCUUAUCAGAUAUUAGGACCCACCAGCAGUCGACUUGCUAACCCAGGUUCAGGUCAGAUCCAGCUAUGGCAGUUCCUCCUGGAGCUCCUGUCCGACAGCGCCAACGCCGGCUGCAUCACCUGGGAAGGAACCAACGGAGAGUUCAAGAUGACGGACCCAGACGAGGUGGCGCGGCGCUGGGGUGAACGCAAGAGCAAACCCAACAUGAACUACGACAAGCUGAGCCGAGCCCUGCGCUACUACUACGACAAGAACAUCAUGACCAAAGUGCACGGCAAGCGCUACGCCUACAAGUUUGACUUCCACGGCAUCGCCCAGGCCCUGCAACCCCAUCCCACUGAGUCCACCAUGUACAAGUACCCAAGCGAGCUGCCGUACGUGCCUAGCUAUCACGCCCACCAGCAGAAGGUCAACUUCGUCUCUCCUCACCCUCCGUCAAUGCCCGUCACCUCCUCCAAUUUCUUUGGUCCCACAACCCCGUACUGGAGCUCCCCGACGGGGGGUAUUUACCCCAAUCCCAGCGUCCCACGCCAUGCCAAUUCCCACGUGCCUUCACACCUUGGUAGUUACUACUAAACCCUUAAAUGCCAAAACUUGAACUGCACUCGAAGACGGAAAAGGGAAGGAUUUAGAUUAAAAGGAUGAGAAGGAGAAAGUCAAAAAUGGACCACAAACGGUUGAUCCUCUUCAAAAUGGAGUACUACUUAUUCAAGGACUUGGGUUGGAGUUUGUUUUGGAGAGUUUGAGCAAGUUUCUUGAGCCUUGAAAGUUGCACCGAUAGUUGCGUUCUGCCAAAAAAAAAAAAAGACCACCUGUAUGAUGUGUAAGUCGGCGAAGCGCCGAAAAAAUGAAUCACUGUAAACUCACCCUGUGUGUUAAUGCAAUUGUGAACCGAGUGUUUAUAUUGUCGGACCAAGUCCCUGCUUCCCACCCCUUUGGUUACACAAAUUCAUCUUUAUAAGUUGUGACUGAGACUCUCUCUCUCUCUAUCUAAAGCAUAUCUGGCAACUGGAAAAAAUCUUGGCAUUCAUUCACCAUUUUUUCCUCCCGAAUGGAGGACGUGGCGUCUGAUUGUUUAUUAGGAGCUUCUCAGGCUACUGGCUCAAGCUAAACUCACGUAUUCGUCUUCAGCGCUCUCUUCUGCGUCAGGAUGUGAAAGCUUCCAAUCAUAUUUACGUUUCUGAUGUCCCAUGUGAAUCAUCUCAAAACAGCCAAAGUUCACGAGUAAUUCCUGAUCGACUGAAUGUGGGCAUCAUGCAAAGUACCUCUUUAAACGAUAGAAAACAGCAGCACGAGACGAUGAAACCAGAGAUUCGCGAACGCUGUGCGUUUGUCAGACCUAUUUGCUAGUAUUUUUUUUUUUUUGAUCAAAGGUCAACUAGGCAUUAAAAGCAUCUUACUGUAUAAAUUAUGCAGAGCUAUUUUCAUAUGUGACAGUGUUAAAGAAUCAUACGUUAAUACGAGUUGACCUCGGUCAAAAUGCAAACCUUUUUUUUUUUUUUUUUUUUUUUACCAGUUACUGAAAGUAGUUUGUACUACGUAGGUGUUUUGUAUCUGUACAUAUGGGCAAUAAGUUUAUGAAUGUUUUCUUGUAUUUUUCUUGGCACGUUGCCUUGAUGAUAAGAAAGUUGAUGAUGUGUAGUUGAUAUUUUUAUUCUCUAAACACAAAAGCCUUACCAAACAUGCUCAGAGACAAUCAGUUUCCUGUUAAUCAAGUGCCAUUAUAAGGACUUAAAGCCAAAUCGUGUUAGUAUGUGCCUCAGACAGUAUUACUUUCUUGCAUUUUCCCUUGUGUUAUUUUUAUAGCAUCAAGACAAAACUCCCAGCUGUUCAUCUCUUAUAAGGGAUCACUCUCAGAUAUGAAGGAAUUGUGCUAUUUUAUAUAUGCAAGUAUUUGGAUAUUAAAUUUAUGACUAUAUAAAUAUAUAUAUGAAAAAUUGCAAUUAAUCUUUUUUGUUAAUUCAGUUGUUUCUGCAAUGUAUGAAGUAUCACCUUUUGUAAAAGGGUUUGUUGUAUAGAUAAAAUGUGAAAAAAAUAAAUGUUUUU